CGAUGGCAGCGGCGGUGGUUUGUCCUCUACGAUGAUGGGGAACUCACCUACUCCGUCGACGACCACCCGGCAACCAUCCCUCAAGGUGUGGUCGACAUGAACCGGGUGCUGGAGGUAUCCCAGGCAGAGGACGUUACUGGCAACCAGUUCAGUCUUGCAAUCACAGCACCCGACAGAGUAACUUUCAUCAAGGGCACCUGUCGCGAGGAGUCCAGGUGGUGGAUGGAUGUCCUCUCAGUUUUCCCGAGAUCGCAAAAGCAACAAGGUCGGCACAAACGCAAUGCAACGUUCCCGGGAAUCAAGACAACAACAGUCUUAAAACAGAAUAUGGUGUCUCAUUCUCCAUCACCUUCACUCGCCCCCACCACCUUUGAGACGCCAAUAGGACAACGGGUCAGGUUCCUCAGCUGCACCACAGAUCCCCUGGGGAGCCGCCCCCCCUCUGCCCCUGCACUAGACAUGGAGGAGGACGUCUUCCCUACCAAGGACUCCUCUGCUUCUGGCACCCACAUUCCCCCUUCUUCCACUAGCCAGGCCCCCACCCCCACACCCCUGUAUCACUCCACCCCUCUGUCCUCCCUCCCUCCCCCUACCAGGAUCCUGAGGGACGAGCACAAGGAGAACACACCUCCAUAUGCUGAAGACUACACAGACAACCCACCCACCUCAGAGUCUCCACCUACGCAGGACAAGUUGAGUCACAAGUUCCGCACGCGGCGUGCAAUAAAGCGGGAAGUCCGAGGCCUCACACAGCCUAGGAGUAAGUCAGAAGUCACAGCAAUGUUUCCUGCUAACCUGCCGUCGUCAGUGUCUCCCCUGAGGCAUGGGUCCACAGCCACCACUGGACACACCACAGCCUCCCUGUACUCUUCCACUGGCAGCAUUGCCACUUCUGCUUACUCUACCCCGGAGGGCUCUCACUCCACACUCUCCCCUGCUCAUUCAGCUGUUGUCGAUGCUAUUUCCGCCCCUGAGCCUCGCACUGUCCGAAGGGCCACUAUCACCCUCACCUCCUCUCUCUCCUCCUUGAAUUCCCUCACUUCCUCUUCUUCAUCAUCCUCUUCCUCUUCCUCCUCCUCAGCUGGCUCCUCAGUAGGAGUUAGUUCAUCCCUAUCUUCUUCCCUGGGUGGUAUUGGGAGCAGUGGUGGGGACGGUGGUGGUGGUGUGGGAACCCCAUCAUUUCGGAGCCUUGAUUCAGGCGUGCAUGUUCCUACUAGACCCCACGCUCGCACGGCGCCCGACAAGCCAGGUGAAGUUACAAGACAACUUCUACUCUCAGACCUAGAAGAAUCAAAGCGUGAAGAAAAAUUGAAAGACAUUGCUGACUCAAUAACACGAUUGAGAGGGAGUUCCUCAUUAUCGUACCUAAGCAGCAAGCAGUCUGGUCUGGGGGAUGUGAAGCCGACGCGUGAAAGAGAUGCUCAAGAUGAGACAGAUGCUGCUCCUGAGGUCUCCAAGACAUCAUCAGAGGAAACAGCUGAGCCCUCGCAUCCAGACCAUCAGGUACGAGGUGACCCAGAUGGGUGUGGUCUAGAAGUAUCUCCUCCCUACACUGUCAAUCCAGACCUACAACGGGUUGACCUUCCUGCAGAGGACCUGCUUUAUAUAAAGAAGGGCUGGCUCAUGAAGCAGUCACUAAACCAUGACUGGAUUAAGUAUUGGUUUGUCCUACGAGGAACGGGCCUCAUGUUCUACCGAGACCCCACAGCAGAGGACAACGGCAUCUUAGAUGGCAUUAUUGACCUCAGUGUUGCUAAGUCCAUUGAAGAGUGUGAUGUUGCCAGAAAUUAUGGCUUCAUGAUAUUGACUUGGGAGGAGAAGAAGUAUGUCUUCUCAGCUGUAACAUCAGGCAUCAGAGGGAACUGGGUCCAAGCUUUAAGAAAUGCUGCCAACCUCAAGGAAUCCAAGGAUCGACCGCUGACCCUCGGAGAACAGAUUGAAAGGGAGAUUGUAGCCAAAAGGGACAGGCAUAAUUCACAGAGUUCGACUUUUGAGAGCAUGGCAGCGGAACGCGACCAAGGAAACGAUAUUCACAACGACUCCAUCUCCUCCGCCAACAGUCGCUAUGUAUUUUCAUCAGAUGAUGAGUAUAGGACUGCAUCGGAAACAUCAGGUGGGAUUCGUAUCCAGAACAAGGAGGAUAACUUUAAGUGCGAACGAGCCCGAUCACGCUCCAACUCAAGAACAAGGUCAAGCAAGAGAUCAAGGUCCUCCCCACCAACAUCACGCAGAAACACACGUGAUGACUUCCCAAGCAUUAGCAAAGAUGAAGUUCUAACAUCCUGCUACUCAGAAUCGGGAUCUCUCCACUCCAUCUCAGAUCUUGAUGCACAGCACAGGCCAGAAAAGGACAGCAGUGCCACAACCCUUACUGGUUCAGGUGAUGCUCUUUUGGUGGAUCUUUUGGAAACGCAGGUGGAGAGCCUUAAGGCCAAGCUAGAACAGACUCAGGCUGACUACCUGGAGCUCCACAAAGAGAACUCUGGCCUGAAGACCCGUCUGCGGAACGGUGGAAGAGCUUCCCCGUCCAACACGGCCACUGGGGCCCACCACCACCACCUCCACCAUCACCACUCAGAGCUAGACUUGUUCCACCAGUCCCCUCCCAUUAGAUCGAGAGCCAAGCUUGAGCUAAGUUUGGCUGACUCUCGCAACACCAUAGCCUCCCUCACGGCCGACCUCACACGACUCCGCAAAAAAUUGGAGGUAUGCGAAGGUGACUUGGACAGGUCCGAGCGUGAGGUUGAUAAGCUGAGGCGAGACAAGGAAGAGAUGAGCUCAGAUGCCCAGAGCCUGCGGCAUAGAGUGGCCAGUCUGGAGAACCAGGUCAAGGAGUUGCUUGAUCGGGUCGAGGAGCAAGAGCAUGACCUCUCAGAGAAAGCAUCUUGUGCCAACCAACUAAAUGAGCUACGGAAAAAGUACUCAGAGUUGCAGGAGCAGCUGUCGUGCCAGUCCGGGGUAGUAGACUGGAAACACCGUUAUGAUCUCUUGGAGAAAAAACUCCUGAGAGAGCGUGAGGAGUGGCAACUAAAGUACAAAGAGGUGACUUCUGCUCAAGCCAGUCGCCAUGAUGAGUCUGUCCGCACACUUACCAGGUCACUCCAAGAGGCAGAGAACCGUAUUCAGGGCCUGGUAACAGAGCUGGAAUGCGAGAGAGCAAGUGGUGCCAACGCCCCCACGAGAAUACCCAGGGCAAUGGAGAAGGCCGGCCUCAAGAGGGAAAACCAGGAGCUUACAACCCAGAUCGAGCACCUAACAAAUGAGUUGGCUCGGAUGCGAGAAAACCUGAAGUCUGAGAAGUCAGAAGUCUAUAAGUGGAAAGACCUUGUAAAGGAACUUCGAUCUCUCUUGGAUGGCAAAAAUGAUGAAAUUGAACGAAAGAGAGAUGAGGUGAAAGAGGCUCAUGCAAGGGAGAGCUCCAGCACCCCCUCCCUUGCCCCGGGCAUUCACCCCCAAGGCACCACCACUUCUGAGCCCCCCAUCAUUGUGGUUGAUACCCUGCGUGACUCCCUCAAGGAAACGCAGAAGGAGCUGGACCAUACAGCAGACCGCUUGCACAGAGGGAUUGAGGAGAAUGAAGCUCUUUGUGGCAGAAUCCGUGAAUUAGAGAGAGAUUUGCAAGAUCAGGCUAGAAGAGCAUCUUCAAGUCUCUCCAUAUCUAGCAGUCGUGAGAGAUUUUCUUCAAGAAAGAACCUUCCACGUAUUGAGUCCAUCACUGACCUCACAAACUUCGACCUUACUCAAGAUCCAGAGGACCUUGAUAAGGAGCAGUUAGUAGAUCAGUUCACUGAACUUCAGCUUCGGUUUGAGAAGGCUGUGAAUGAGAUCAAGGCACUGAAGAAGGAGAUUCGUGAUAUUCAGAACCAGCAUGACGACAUUGAGCUGUCAAAUCUGAAGCUGCGUCAGGACCUGAAGGGAAGUGAAGGCGACUUCAAUUCUCAGCUGAAUCUCAUGACUUGCAGGAUACAAGAUCUGACUAAUAAGCUAACUGCCUCUGAGAAGCAGGUUCGCCUUCUGAAGCAGAAGAUCAGCCGAGCAGAAAGCCGUGACCGCAGACGGACCCAGAGCUUGAAGGGCCGCGAGUCUUUCACUCUCUCAAAGGAUAUGGAGCUGAAGUUGUCUCAGUUGGAAGCAAAGAUUGAGCAGCUGCUUCAGAAUGAGGAAGGCAGCUGUUCUCCAGAGGUGGAAGGAGAAGUGAAGGAGGGAAAGGGUGAGACGAAAGAUACCAAAGUACCAAAGAGAUCAAAGAGUUUUGAUGAUUCCACCAAGUCGUCACGACUGCGUAGAAAAUCUCUGGACAGUCCUGGGAGUUCAGAGGCCAUGAAAGCCAUUGUGCGCCUCAAUGCUCUGGAGUCAAAGGUUUCUAACAUCACGGGAGAGGCCAUUCCAACGCCUUCACAUACUCCAAAGAAGGAGCCACGACCUAGGUCUCCCACACACCCAGUUUCACCACUGAGAUCUCCCAUGCGAUCACCUUCAGUUCCUCGCAAGACACUGCGGUCACCCAGAGCCACUCCAGAGAAGACUGUUAAAAUAAGUCGAUCUGAUUCAGAGACCAAAUCACUGCGGGAAAAAUUAGCAGCUUUAGAGAAAGUCUUGUCUACUCUGCAGUUGCAACUUGGAGAGUGUGUGGCUUGGGCAGGGUCAGUGGAGUGUAUAUGUUCUUGCGGGGCCCCAGGAAUCUCAUCUCUCCUGCAGAGAUUGAAUACUGCUGUUCGGUUGACUCAGCUCCGCCAUUCCCCACCUGAUCAGGCUCAGACUGAUCGGUUGCGUCCGUUGGUGUUACGUUUACAAGAUAUGCUCAGGGACAAGUUGACGGAUCUUAACAAUCGUCGAGACCAUCUGAAGGCAACGGGAAAGUGGACCCGAGACAUGCAGUUGAAACUGUUUGCGGAGCGACUUGCCUAUGAAACUCUGGUAAUGACACAGGUUUCACAGGUGGUACAGGCAGCCCAGAGGCCCCAUAUGUACGAAGCAUCAGUCAAGUUGCAGGAGCUGAUUGAGGCUCACCGCAAGUUAUCAUUCCUGGAGAAGAAACUCACCAAUCCUGAUUUUGACAUGGAGACAAUGGCACCGCUUGACUUCUACACGAGCCUGCUGGCAGAAAAGCUUGUUGUGCAGGGAGAGAUUGCAAUGAGUGUUGGACCCCAGCCUGGAGGAGGUAGAGGGACUAACACAACUCCUCCUGCCAUCCUGGGGGAGACAUGCCGUGAUCUACAGAGUCGGCUCCUGGAACGUGAGAGGUCGUUGGCCAACUUGGUAACGCAGUACAAAGAGGGCAAGCUUCAUGAAGUUGCUGUGGUGAUGGCCAGGGAGACUGUGACUGGAUCAGGACCUCCUCACGAUGAUUCUGUGUUACUGGAAGAGGUGCGGAUGCGAGAGGUUUGGUCGAUGGCACAGGAGUUGGUUAACCAGGAAUUGGUUAACAUUGAGGCAGCACAUUCCCUCAUGAGGCUCAGUCACCUUAUCUCGCCUUCAGAGACAUCACCUGAAGCAAUGACGCAGGUCACGGCUGCCACGCUUGAGCGCUGCCACACAGCUGCUGAUGAGUCUCUGCGGCAGGAAAUGGAGGAGGCCGUUUUCACUCUUAGUAACAAGUAUGAGGCAGUACUGGCACAGUAUAGAGCAGGUGACACUGCAGUUAUCAAUUCAGUAACAGCUACCAUAGAUAUGGUACUAUCAGAGUUUGCUGCAGUUGUGGCACAAAAGGCAGUCAUUGAUGGUCAGUUAGCAGUGGUGCAGAGUGAAGGAGAUACAACAACAUCCACUUGUGAACAUCUCAACAUAGUGGAGGAAAACAGAGACAUGAUAGGUUCUGCUAGUGAUGUUGUAGCCAGUGAGGCUCACCUCCUUAUGUUCCUGGGUGGUUGUGAUUCCUCCCUAGAGAGUCUGGUGCAGCCUGCUCUUGAUCAGGCAGAAUUUGCCUUCCUGUUUAACAAAAUGUCAGCUCAGGGGAACUCUGAACUGACCAAGCUUGUCCUCCAAGCAGCCAGUCAGGUCAGGCCAGAAGCCAGCCCAUCUUCCCUCAAGUCACAUCCUACAGACUUUGGGAAGGAAGGCGAUAAUGAGUUAAGUCCUAGUCUUUCUCAGUCGUCAUCACCCACCAAGAUGCCACCUUCCCCCAAGGCCAAGAGAAAGAGUGAGACAUCACGUAGGUCACGCAGAGCUUCAGACAUCACUGGUAUGGCAGACGGAUGCCGCCAGUGCGAAGAACUGCGGCAAGAGGUUGCUAAGCUCAAGAAGAACUUGGAUUCUAAGCGUGUGAAGGAGAGAGAAGCAGAAUGUAAACAGUGCAUUGAGUAUCUCAACACUCUCAAGGCUCUGGAAAAAGACCACAAAAUAGCAAUGUCAGCUCUCCAGUCCCAGCAUGAGGAAGAACUGUCAAGGCUGCGGGAACAGUCAAGACACGAACCUCCAACACGGGAUAGUGAUGAUGAAUUAACUGAACUCAAACGACGUCUGUGCCUGCUGGAGGAGGGCUAUGAGGCCCAGAUCUCUGCUCUCAAGCAACAAUAUGAAGAGUCCAUUGGAAGUCAGCCAGACAUGUGUGAGGAGAAAGUCAGGCAGAGAUACCAGGUGGAAAUAGAGCAUCUCAGGGGUCUGUGUGAGAAAGGUCUGGGAGCUAUGGAGAACUCUAACAAACGCAUGUUAGCGGAAUUGGAGGAAAAGCACAGGAGGGAACUGGCAGCAUUACAGGCAGAAAAGGAACAAGCACUGGCUGAAGAGACACAGGCUACCCUGGCUGCCCUGGAUGCUAUGAGGAAAGCACAUGAGGCUGAGGUUCAGAGAGAGAUAGCCAAGUUCAAGGAGGAGUUCAUUAGGAAGAUGCAGUCAGGACACGACAUUGGUGCCAUUCACAAGGAGCAUGAGGCAGAGAUGGAAGAUAUUCGACAUGAAAUCCUGUCUCUCUCGCAGAAGUACUCUAUUAAAUGCCUGGAGUCAGCUGCCUUAGAGGAGAAGGUGGACUCACUGAGCAAGCAACUUUCUGAUACCAGUAAGCAGGUGCUAGAGUUGGAGGCAAGGAACAAGCAGCUGAAAGUCCACCUAACUGCACAGGUUUCACAGCUGCAAGCAAAGGAUGACUGUGGUCGUGACCUGAGCACACAACUGCGAUUGCGGGAAAGUGAGUUAGCCUUAUGCAAUGAGGAGAUUGCACGGCUGACUCAACAACUGCAACAGGCACAUUCACACGAGGCCGACCUGGGAGAGCUAUGCCGGCAGCUGGGCCACUUCCUCAAGGCCGAACGACAGUUGAGGACAGAUGAAGUAACAGCUCUUAGGGAAAAACUAGAGCAUAUCAUCCUCACAGCCGCCAACAUGCAAGAGCAGCGCAGUGACACCAAUACAGGGAACGACACAGACACAAAGUCUCCAUUGCGAAGAGGGGCGAGUUUGAGCUCGGCACGGGGGAAAGAGUUGAUGCGUUCUCCGAGUUGCCCUCGUUUGUCUGGCUUCUCGUCUUUUUUAGCGGUUGGCCCCUCUCUGGGGGGAACGGGGCCACCAGCACAGACCAUGGCAGACCUUCCCUCCCCCCUAGCAGGGAUGGUUGCUUCUCGGAAGAAGGUGUUCGAGACAUCCAAGGCUUUCACGGAAAACAUAUAGAGGGAGAGACUGCUGCUGGUGUAAAUAAUGAUGGAGAGCACAGCAUUGUGUUAGAGUCAGUCAUGGAGGAAGAACAUGAAGAAAAUGCUGAAAAUGAUUGUAAAUUGAAACUUGAGGAUGAUGAUGCAGUUUGCCAAGAAGUGCAGAAGGCUGGAGUAGUACAAAAGAUGGUUCGAAAAUUCAGUCAUCGAGGAAUGAAACAAAUGCCGCUUUUAGUGCGGCGAAAUACUGUUGCUCGUUGCACUAACUUUGCGGAUGAUGUCAGAGUUGGUAAAUCAAGCACCUUGCGACAAAGUAGUCAGGUUAUAUGGGAUGAUGAUAUUACAGGUGCUGAUGCUGCCACAGACCAUGAAUUUUCAUCUCUAAUGAAAAGAGUAAAUGAUAUUAAACUUGAGGGGAGAUUUUUCACAAAGGAGGACAGCAUUCAAGGUGAGACUUCAUCACUGAGCCGUGGAUCAGCAUCAAGAAUGUCCUUGCCAUCAGGAGCUCUGAAGUCAUACAUGCGCAGUACAAAGGCAUCUGUGAUGAAAACAAGGGAGAAUAGUCCACCUUGUGCUGUGGAAACUAACAAAAACCUGCCAGCAAGUAAAGGCUCACAAACUUCGCAAGUCUUUACAAGUGCUAGCAAAAGACCAAGCUUAUCUAAGGGUAAAACUUUCACUUCUUCAUCAGAAGGUGUUGAAAGUUUGCCACGAAGGAAAGGAGUGGUCGUGAAACCAAAUAUACCACCAGUCUUGUUGAAAGGAAUAAACAAAAUGCAAAAGCUAGCAUCCUCAUCACAGGCAACAAAUAAAUGCAGUGAAGGCCAGACCAUGGUGCCAUCUGCUGUAAGCACAGAGAAGGAUUGCUUGAGUGUUUGCAGUAAGACUGAGAAUAAAGAAAAGAGCCAAGAAAUGGCAGCAUCUCUACCCCACCAUCUAUUGAGUGGCCAGUGCCAGGAUAACUGCAGUCAGUGUUCACUUGUUGAUUUGUGGUUCACCAUAUGGCAUGUUGAAUUUCACAAGAAAUAAAGUUUAAGCAAAGUAUAUACUUCAGAGAUUUAGUGUAUAGAGAAAGUAAUUGUUUUUUUUCACAUUCUAACAUACUUAAUAUUCACUGGCCUAUCAAUAUCAUUGUUUUUAGUGCAUAGCAAGAGCUGUGAUUGACACUGUAGUCAUUCUAAUAUACUGUCAGCCAAUAGGUAUGCUUAAAUUAUGAACUAACUGCAAGCCAUUACAAUGAGGAUAGAGCCAAAGUUACCCAUAUUCCCCUUUGCAAUGAACACAUGAAGAGCAUAUUAUAACUAUAAAGUGGGGAUUGGAGGAGAUUAUCCCUAGAAAUUUAUUGAAUUGUUGCAUUUGUUGUAAUAUUGUGAAUGUACUACAAAGGAUAUUAAAAUUAUUUACAUAUCUCUGAUCUCUGUUGGUCUUGAGUUUGCUGUAUGGUUUGUGUGGAGUCUGUCCAGGUUGAAGUAUUUAUUGUAGUGCUAUUUAUUUGGCUGUUUGCCAAGUUUCAUCAAAACAUUUGCAGGGAAUGAAAUAUAAUAUUAGACAUUUUUUUGUCUUUAUUUCUACAUUUUGUCCUUAUGACUAAUGGGGGUUUUUGUGUAUAUUGUUAAAAGUCUCAAUCAUGCUUACUAAUGACUAGUAACCUUGCAAUUGUACAUGUUCUGUACAGCUAUUUGGUAGUUUUAUGAAAGGUUUAUCAAUGAACAAAAUGUCUAUAUAUUUUAAAUAUAUAAAUAAAAGAA